AUGUUGGCCCAGGUAGGCCAGCCCUCCCCAGGGCCCCAGUAUCCAUCCAUUUGACCCGUUUCAUCCUAACGCUUUGAUCACAGACAUGCACACACACACCACGCACAGCACAUACGCACAAGUGCCUACACACACACACACACACACACACACAAACCCUUGAAAACUACAAUUACGAACAAGCAACAGGUUCAUCUAAGCUUCAGGCAGUUUAAAAUGCUGCCGUUGCUGUUUUCUCUUCUGUUGUCUCUCUACUCUACAGCAUGUCCCUCACUUUCUCCAGGCUUGCACACUUUCCAGAGAAAAGUUUUAAAAAGUUCACAGGAAGUACUGUACUGUAUUAGGAAGUACAGAGGUGAUAAAGUAGUGAGGUGAUGUCACCUCUCAGAUAGGACAACUCAACCCCAAUAGACAGGAUCAGUCUGUGCCUCUAUAGCUUUGGGAUGGGAAGUCUGUUAAUUCUAACGCUACGUUGCUACACAGUUGUGACACUGUUCUCCAGCUAGGCUUGAGGGAGAGACUGUGACGCGUGAAAAUAGCAUCUCUGUUCUCUCCUUCUCUUUUCUUUCCUCCACUUGAAAAUAACAUCUCUCUCUCACUUUCCAUCUCUUUCCCUCUCAUACUCUCCCCUCUCGCUCUCUCUCCCCCCUCAUUUCUCUCACUCUCCUCGAGUUGUAAUUGCCUCUCUUAGACUCCCGUCACAAUCCCCAGUGUCUGCCUGCCACAGACCAUCAGCAGCUGAACAAAGGAAUCCAACGCUCUCCUUUAAUGAUGCAUGAAAAUAGCAGUGCACAGGCAUAGAGUGGCCUACUAUGUUUUACUGUCAUACUGAGAAUAGAUAAAACCUUAUUGAGAAAUUAUGGUUGGCCUGUGGUUGGUUUUGUAAGAGCAGGAUUUGUACCACAGAAAAUAUUCUGAUUGUGUCGUUUGUGUUGUUGUUUGUCUUACCUGUUCCGUAGGUGUACAUCCGUAUCCUGGACAACGAGUGGAAUGUCUACAGACGCUACACAGAAUUCCGGGCGCUUCACAACCACUUACGCUCACAAUUCCCGCAAGUCGGCACGUUCAACUUCCCACCCAAGAAAGCCAUAGGGAACAAGGUAUGUACGGUCAGGAAAAUCAUUGCCUUUGUGAUGUAAUCAGGUUUUUACUAUUGGUCACCCUCCGUCAAUGUUGUUUUGAAUGACCUGUAGUCAAAUGUAUUGAAUCUGAAUGUGAUUGUUAAGUCAUAUUGUGGUCACUUGGCCAUAACUUGAGUGGACAGGCUUGGAUGUUAGCCAUCAGUAGCCCCUAGGAAACAUUACCUCCCUCUCCCGUUCUGUCUGUCUUCAUCGCACUUCCUCUCUCUCCUUACUCCUUCUACCUCUCUCUCCUUACUCUUUCUCUCACCUCUCUUCUCUCUCUUCUACCUCUCUCCUCCUCCCUAUUACUCGCUACUCUCUCUCGCCUUACUUCGCCCUACCUCUUCUCCUUACUUUACCCUCUCUCUACUCUCUAUAACAUCGUCUACGCUACCUUACUCUCUACAUCUCUCUCUCCUUACUUCAUACGCGCCUCCUCUCCUCUCUUACUCCUCUACCUCCUACUCUCUACCUCUCUCUCCUUACUCUCUACCUCUCUCUCCUUACUCUCUACCGCUCUCUCCUUACUCUCUACCUCUCUCUCCUUACUCUCUACCGCUCUCUCCUUACUCUCUACCGCUCUCUCCUUACUCUCUACCUCUCUCUCCUUACUCUCUUCCUCCCUCUCCCUCUCAGUUCCAGAGGGAAGGAGUACUUUUUAAGUCUCUGAGUAGAGGAGAGGGGGCUGUGGGUGCUUUUGUUACAUAAGUUGUGGAGUAACUUUGACAUGGAAACACAAAGGAGUGCACUAAGCCUGGGGGCAGAGUUUAAAACUAGAUAGUGUGAGAGGGUGUUUGGAGCUCACAGUAAAGAUGUAGGGGCAGAGGGUUCAUAUAGAGACAGGAUUGCGUUGGUAAUUGAGUGUGUGUGUGUUUGCGUGUGUGCGCAUAUGUGUAGGUGAAAGCUUGUAUGCAUUUGAGAGGGAAUUGUGUGUGUACAUGGGUAGGUGUGUGUGUGUAUGUGUGCAUGCAUUUGUGUGUCUGUGUGUGUAAUCAGUGAGCCUGCUUACCUGAGGUAUGGGCUGUCAUGUCAUUUUUAAUCUCAUCAUUGUUUCCUCUGAUUCUCUCUCCCUCCCUCCCUCCUUCACUCCCUCUAUCCUCUCAGAAGGAACACUUUGUAGAGAGAAGGCAUUGGUUCUUCUCCCUCAGGUGAAGUGUAGUGCGCUGGCAAAAAGCCUCCCCCUCUGUCUAUCUGAUCUCCGCUGACGGAGACGGUUAUGCUGUUAUGGAGAUGUGUUGUUUAACAGCACUGUAGUCAAACAGAUAAACUGUUCUCUUUAUUUCACUCACUGGGGACGUACGUUCAGUUCUCUCUCUUCAUGGAACACAGCAUCGUUGCAGAUCGGAAAUAUGGAAUGUCUAUGCUGUAUAUAUUCUAAGGAGACUUUGAGCGACGCUGGGGCUUACAUGUUGGAUGUGUUCAGUUAAUAAUGGGGGGGAUGCUAAUAUUGGUGUAUAUGAUCAGUGGUCAUGGGAAAAGGAGGCUCUCCAAACCCUUUUAAGUGGGUUGCAUGGAUGUCUGCUACAGAAUGGAUGAAACGAGAGCGCUGUCACUGGAGAUGGGGAAACAGGAAGGAACACACAUACACACACACAAGUGUACACACACACUCUGCCUCAGCCCCGCCAUGGUUAUCCUCAUUGAGAAGCCAGAGCUAACAACCUUACACACUGAGGACCCUGGGUCAUCAUGCCUGCUAAACAUACAUACACACACACACACACAUACACACACACACACACACACACACACACAGAGAGCACCUGAUCCUGAGAGAGAGAGAGACGUUUAGCUAAUCUUGUCAGUUGGCUACAGCUACUGCAUGGGACUGUAUUUGAAGGAAGCUCAUUCUAAUACCCACAGUACCUAUAGGAUGUAUCUGCGUUAGCUUGCAGGAUCAGGUGUAUGGAUCAUGGAAUGGAAAUACAGGUAGUGUUGUGUGAUGAAAAUGUAAUCAAUCUCAGUUUUGUGAUACAGUUGAAGUCGGAAGUUUACAUACACCUUAGCCAAAUACAUUUAAACUCAGUAUUUCACAAUUCCUGACAUUUAAUCCUAGUAAAAAUUCCCUGUCUUAGGUCAGUUAGGAUCACCACUUUUAUUUUAAGAAUGUGAAAUGUCAGAAUAAUAGUAGAGAGAAUGAUUUAUUUCAGCUUUUAUUUCUUUCAUCACAUUCCCAGUGGGUCAGAAGUUUACAUACACUCAAUUAGUAUUUGGUAGCAUUGCCUUUAAAUUGUUUGACUUGGGUCAAACGUUUCGGGUAGCCUUCCACAAGCUUCCCACAAUAAGUUGUGUGAAUUUUGGCCCAUUCCUCCUGACAAAGCUGGUGUAACUGAGUCAGGUUUGUAGGCCUCCAUGCUCGCACACGCUUUUUCAGUUCUGCCCACAAAUGUUCUAUAGGAUUGAGGUCAGGGCUUUGUGAUGGCCACUCCAAUACCUUAACGUUGUUGUCCUUAAGCCAUUUUGCCACAACUUUGGAAGUAUGCUUGGGGUCAUUGUCCAUUUGGAAGACCCAUUUGCGACCAAGCUUUAACUUCCUGACUGAUGUCUUGAGAUGUUGCUUCAAUAUAUCCACAUAAUUUUCCUUCCUCAUGAUGCCAUCUAUUUUGUGAAGUGCACCAGUCCCUCCUGCAGCAAAGCACCCCCACAGCAUGAUGCUGCCACCCCCGUGCUUCACGGUUGGGAUGGUGUUCUUUGGCUUGCAAGCAACACCCUUUUUCCUCCAAACAUAACGAUGGUCAUUAUGGCCAAACAGUUCUAUUUUUGUUUCAUCAGACCAGAGGACAUUUCUCCAAAAAGUAUGAUCUUUGUCCCCAUGUGCAGUUGCAAACCGUAGUCAGUUUUUUUUAAUGGUGGUUUUGGAGCAGUGGCUUCUUCCUUGCUGAGCGGCCUUUCAUGUUAUGUCGAUAUAGGACUUGUUUUACUGUGGAUAUAGAUACUUUCGUACCUGUUUCCUCCAGCAUCUUCACAAGGUCCUUUGCUGUUUUUCUGGGAUUGAUUUGCACUUUUCGCACCAAAGUACGUUCAUCUCUAGGAGACAGAACGUGUCUCCUUCCUGAGCGGUAUGACGGCUGCGUGGUCCCAUUGUGUUUAUACUUGCAUACUAUUGUUUGUACAGAUGAACGUGGUACCUUCAGGCGUUUGGAAAUUGCUCCCAAGGAUGAACCAGACUUGUGGAGGUCUUGGCUGAUUUCUUUUGAUUUUCCCAUGAUGUCAAGCAAAGAGGCACUGAGUUUGAAGGUAGGCCUUGAAAUACAUCCACAGGUACUCCUGCAAUUGACUCAAAUGAUGUCAAUUAGCCAAUCAGAAGCUUCUAAAGCCAUGACAUCAUUUUCUGGAAUUUUCCAAGCUGUUUAAAGGACACAGUCAACUUAGUGUAUGUAAACUUCUGACCCACUGUAAUUGUGAUACAGUGAAUUAUAAGUGAAAUAAUCUGUCUGUAAACAAUUGUUGGAAAAAUUACUUGUGUCAUGCACAAAGUAGAUGUCCUAACCGACUUGCCAAAACUAUAGUUUGUUAACAAGAAAUGUGUGGAGUGGUUGAAAAACGAGUUUUAAUGACUCCAACCUAAGUGUAUGUAAACUUCCGACUUCAACUGUAUGUCAAGCACCAUAACUGCCAGUGUACGUAAGAAUCCCAGCUCAAUGUAUUACCACGGCAACAUUAUCUGAGCAUUACUCGGCGUCCUGCUCUAUCUGAGAAUCUCCUAACUGCAUUGACAUAGCAUCACACACACACACCCCUGCCACUGACAGCUCCUAAACAGCUGAUUUGUCAAGGGCUCGGCUGGCAAAACACACUAAAUGUUCCCGAGGGCGCCUGUCAUAUCUCCCCUGACGGACACCAUCGCCAUGACUGCGGAAAAAGGAAUGAAAACAUCAAAGGCUGGGACUGUCUGCUCUGCUCUGCACCCGCUUCCCAGAGUUCAACUGUCAGGGUUUCUCCUCUCAGCUUUGAUGGAGGUUUUUCCUCUCUCUCUAGUUCUCUCACUCUCUCUCUCUCUCUCCCCACAUCUUUCCCUCCCGUGUUCCUUUCAUUUGGAUCAAAUCACUCAAUUUUUCAAUGCUGCUUUCCUCUUCCUCCCCUGCUGGGCUGCUUUGUAGAGACAGUGUUAGGGGGUUCCACCAAGUCAGAGAGCUGUUAGAGACUACGGAGCUGUCUACUGUCCUACUCUCUGCCCAACCUAAUCAUUACAGUAGAAAACCAGCCAGAACUGGAGACCUGGAAACCAGAUGCAACCAGAGCGUCAUCAUUUUGUAAACAUUUGAUCUUUCUGAUGAUAAUAACAUUAUAUAAGAUUGUUAUGAAAUUAGUGUUAGGUAAUAUUACAGUACAUGGAGGGCUGUAAAAGUCAGGGCUGCCGUUUCACCUUGAGAGACAGAACAGGAGAGCUAAGUGAAUAAUUAACCAGUAAACGUUGAAUAAUUAAUGAAUCUUGAAUGUUGUGUUCACAUGUAACAUGCAAUAUGCAUGUGUAAUGCAUUUAAUGAUGGCAAAGAGACUUUGUGGAGGUCUUGUAUGAACAUCCUGAAUUACUUGUGAUCUUUUAUGCAUCACUUGGACGGCGGUUUGUAUAAACGUUUUCAUAGGAGCAGUCUUUGUUUCUUUGCGUGCCGUAUCAUAAUUCAAUGUGGUGGCCUGAUUUCUACUCUACUGUAUCUUUCUGAUGUUUUUGUAUUUUAGUCUACACUUCUUCCUGUUUAUGACAUAGUUGACCUUGUUUUGUAACCAAUCUUUAUAGUUCACAUCUCUUUGUUUAUAUUAUGUAUCUUCCAAGCUAAAAAUGGUGUGUUUGGCUUGAUUGUUGUACCCCUAUGGACGAUACGUUUCUAUUCGCUAAACCCGUCACAAGCGUUGCAUUUGAGUUCCAUCACAAACAACUCCUUUGAACUUCACAAAUCUGUUCAUGCCCUACCCAUGACCCUUUGCUGGAGCUGUGUUGGCCUACUUUGAGCUCUCGUCGCCUUCCUACCUCUGUCAGGACUACUCAUGUCUGUAUCACCGCUCUGUGAAUUGGCAUGGCCGUGCUGUGGCAUACGCAACUUUUGGGUUGCUAGACGUUCUCGUUAAAUGCUCACCUAUCCUCCCCUACAAACCUCCCUCCUAUCAUUUCUGUCUUAAGUAACCUACUGUCUUAAUCUGUGAUUGAAAUGCACUGUAUACAAAAUCGUGUACUGCACACAAGAAAAUACACUUUUUUGUGUGCCUGUCACGAAUUUCCAAUAAGCAAUUUGUGUCUAUUUUACAAUAAUCUGUGGAACUGAGUUGGGCAUACUGUUCCCUCUGAUCUUGAGAUUUGUCCUCUGUCUCACUUUGACUGUGUGGUUCACUUGUGUCGCCAUGCUCUCAUGUCAUAAACAUGCCCGUGUGUAUCUGUCUGAGUUGUCUUGUAAAUUGAUGUAACAUGCCUCAUAGCGGACAGGUGAAGCCAGUGGCGAUCCUAUCUAUAGCAAAAUCUCCAUUGUGUCUGUGUGUGUGCUUUCAGUGUUGAUGUCCAUGCCUGAGUGUGUAUGAGUCCCUGAGUGUGUAUGAGUCCCUGAGUGUGUAUGAGUCCCUGAGUGUGUAUGAGUCCCUGAGUGUGUAUGAGUCCCUGAGUGUGUAUGAGUCCCUGAGUGUGUAUGAGUCCCUGAGUGUGUAUGAGUCCCUGAGUGUGUAUGAGUACCUGAGUGUGUAUGAGUACCUGAGUGUGUAUGAGUCCCUGAGUGUGUAUGAGUCCCUGAGUGUGUAUGAGUCCCUGAGUGUGUAUGAGUCCCUGAGUGUGUAUGAGUCCCUGAGUGUGUAUGAGUACCUGAGUGUGUAUGAGUCCCUGAGUGUGUAUGAGUCCCUGAGUGUGUAUUAGUACCUGAGUGUGUAUGAGUCCCUGUCUUAUAAUGAGUUAGAUUACAGUAACAUGCCUCAUAUAGCAGACAGGUGAACGCUGGUGGCAUAAGAAUAGCUCAUGUCUUUAUAUGUGUACAUGUAAACAUACACCUCCAUAGUACCAUCUCUGUGUUGACGUCCAUGUGUGGGGUAGUUUAUGUGAGUCCCUGUCCUAUAGUGAGAUGUACUAUAGUAAAAUGAGUCAUCUGGAACAGACAGGUUAGGGACGGUGGCAAACAAAGAACUACGGGGCUAUAUUUGCCUCUAUCUGUGUCUCUACACUACUGUCAUACGCGUGUGUGUCCAUCUGUCUGUCCGUCAGUCAGUGGGCUGCAGCAGGUUAGCCUUAAAACGGCAGGUGAGGAUGGUAGCUAUAAGUAGAGCUGUACAGCAAAAUCGUCAGUGUUCAUAUCCUGGUGUAAGCAGUUUUGAUGUUGUGACGUUACUUUGUGUAACUAUGAAGACCAGCUGUUGUUCAUAUCUUUAAUAUACUGUUGUUCAAUCAGGGAGUUGCCUGUGUUGGUUUUAAUAACCAGAGUUGAGUGUGAUUAUGUCACUCAAUGUAGAGUAAAACACUCAAACAUUUAAACAUGUAUUAUUUUAAGUGUUUUAUUUGAAUGAUAACACAUUUACUUAAGCACUCACUUGGUGAAGGCUACAGGACUGAAAGUGAAUGAAUACAACAACCAUGUCUGUCUAACAAACAUAGUCAUGGGUGGCAACUCUACAAUUCACUCGAAAGGCAGACUGGGAAAAAAGUAGUAAUCUAAAGUGUUAAAUUCACAGUAUCUUUGAACACUGAGUUGUAAAAUGUAAAUGCCACUGGUGUUGAAAAGUAUCAGUUGGACAACACUCAAAAGUGUUGUCGUCACCCAAUAUAGUGUUCAAUAUCUACACCAUUGGUGUGAGGAAAAGCAAACUGUGACAGUGUUAAAAGAGAAACGCUUAGAAAAGUGUUAAUUUAACACUUUUUUCUGGUGGUUCUCAUAUAAAAACUUCAAAAGUAUUAAAUUGUACACCCACAGUGUUCAAUUGACUGAUUGGAAUUUGACGGCUUGACAUCCACAGAGCCAUAGGGGCUAGAGACAAUGACUGAGCGAGGCUCAGUGUGUCACUGAGUGAGAGACAGAGAAAGGGGGUGUUACAUCUCCAUGCAAACAAACCAUGAAAUGAGACAUGGCAGCUGGGACCUUAUCUUAUCUGACAGCUGGCGUCAUUCUCCACCCUCCUACCCUACACACUUAUCCAUAACUCCUACCUGUACUUUCCCUCUCAUUCUCUAUGGUACAGUAUUAACGUCUCCCUUGCCUCUGUCCUCUCUUCUCCUCCCUAGGAUGCCAAGUUUGUAGAGGAGCGUAGGAAACAGCUCCAGUCGUACCUGAGGAUGGUGUUGAACAAGCUGAUCCAGACCCUGCCAGAGUUCUCUGCUAAACCCACCAAGGAGACCCUGCUGCAGCUGCUGCCCUUCUGCCUGUGAGUGUCAGAUGGGGAAAACACACAUUUCACAAAGUGCUUCAUAAUAAUAUAUUGCCUGACACAUCUGUGUGUGCGUGAGAAUGCGAUAGAUAAUGCAAAUUGUUUUGUGAACACAUUCAAAGUGACUUAUUGUGCCAGCCCAGUCAUAGGAUCCAGUCAUUGCCUGCAUCAUUUACACCAAUUGAUGCUGUGACCACUCACAGAUCCCAACAAGAAUCCUGUCCUGUUCUGUAGCAGCUAAUAGUCAUAACACCGAGGUUCUAAAACACUGAGAUCAAAUAAAGAGCUGAGUUGAUGAUAUCUACAUUAACAGUAGAGCUGUCUUAGCCAUUGAUGACUCAUCCAAAAUGGUGACCUCUCUUUUAUGAAUGACUGAGCGAUUCCUGGUCUGGCCGCAAUGUUGUUAAUGGGUCCCUGGUUAAGAGGGGGCUGAGAUGGAGAGUGAGAUAUUAGAACCUGAUUCCUCAAAAGCUGCACUUGUCAUCACUCCUCUCUUGGAAGGUGACUCAGUCUCAACUCACCCCAAAAGUGUCGCCCUUAGUGUUGGCAGUCAGCACGUUCUGCCCAAAAUGGCACAUUCACAGGAACACAGAAAGCAUAGAGUUCAAGUUCUAGCCUCAAGUUCUGGUUUGUGCCAAGAAUAAAAUAAAAACCCUAAGUGGCAUUACUAACCUCUGGUUUCCUUUGCUGACUUCUUGACCUUUUGUCUCCUCCCAGGGACACACCAGUAGCCAGCGAGGGGAGCAGUAAGACAGCCCGGUCCAAAGCCUCGUCACGCUUCCCCAGACUGGGGCGCAACCGAAACCAGGAGGGCCGCAACCCAGAGCCCCAGAGCGGCGACCUCUAA